GGGCGGGGUUACGCGUUGACGUCUCUUCCGGCGGACGGGGUGAGCUACAGCCCCCGCCUCCCUCUGCUCGUUCUUUCGCUGCCCGGCGCCAUCAUGGGUCGCAUGCACGCUCCGGGGAAGGGCUUGUCCCAGUCAGCCUUGCCCUAUAGGCGCAGUGUGCCCACAUGGUUAAAACUUACUUCUGAUGAUGUAAAAGAACAGAUCUACAAACUGGCUAAGAAAGGUCUGACUCCGUCACAGAUUGGUGUAAUCUUAAGGGACUCUCAUGGUGUUGCCCAAGUUCGUUUUGUCACUGGCAACAAAAUUUUAAGGAUCCUUAAGUCCAAGGGACUUGCCCCAGACCUUCCAGAGGAUCUGUACCACUUGAUCAAGAAAGCUGUUGCUGUUCGUAAACAUCUUGAGAGAAACAGAAAGGAUAAAGAUGCCAAAUUUCGUCUGAUUCUGAUUGAGAGCAGAAUUCACAGGCUGGCUCGCUAUUACAAGACCAAGAGAGUACUCCCACCCAACUGGAAGUACGAGUCAUCCACUGCCUCUGCUCUGGUCGCAUAAGAGUUCACUCUUCUUUUUACUGAAAUAAUAAAGUCACAUUAAAGACCUGUGUUGUCUUCUAAA